CGUUUAGAUCUGCCCUUUGAUCCUCAACAAUCUUGUCAACUUUUGCUCGUGUACCUUCCCCUCCGACUCUGUUUAUUCUCUCUGCUCGUCGACCGACUCGAAACUCUUUACUCUCUCUUUGCUGUGUUUAUAACUAUUAUGUCGAGCUCUCCGCCCCUUUCGCCAGAGACGUAUGGGGAUGAGCAGCCACCAACGACAAACGCCAACGCUACCACGAUGACGGUGGCCAUGAUCAAGACCCAUGCGCUGGAACACCGGUUUAGUAUCGAAAAGAGGAUACAGGAAGCCAGCUUUGAGAUUGUCAAAGAGCGACAGAUGGAGUUUGACGUCGAUACAGACCCGGAUACGAUGUACGAGCUGUUUGGGGAGGACGCAGAUGCAAUGGGAGAAGGACCAACAUGGGUCUACGUCCUUGAAAGGCGUCGGGCGGUUGAAGUUUGGAACACUCUUAUGGGCGACCGAGACCCAGCUGUGGCGAAAAAAGAGUCCCCCAAUUCGCUGCGGGCCUUGUAUGGUGUUGAUUCGGUCCAUAACGCGGUUAUGGGCUCGGUCGAUCUGGAGACUGCUGAGAUGCAAAUUGCGUCGCUGUUCGCCUCCUCGCCUGUCUUUCCGCUGUCCGAUUUGCCGGACACAGGAUAUGGCUCUAUGCGCUCGGUGUCGUCGUCGGUGUUGGAGGGGCUUCGUCAGCAGACAGACGAGGGUUAUGCUGCCUCGAAUGCGAGUACGACAACCCGAGGAAAUGGGAAGCUCUUGUUCAAGGCCAGAGCGCUCCCGUCAACCCAUGACAAGCCAGACAUUGUUCCUCGUAUGAGUAGAGCGGCAGCUCUACGUGCUGGCCUCAUUGUCGCUGAAGUCGACAAGGUUACGCCGACCGUGGCCCGUGCGCCCCUCACCAAAGAUCAGCUGGCAAAGACAUUUGCGAAUGUCCCUGGCCAUAAGCGAGCAGAGAGCAUCGCUGUCGCCAGUACUGCUGCCCCAACCAUAGCUCCACGGAUGACGAGGGCCGCAGCCCUUAGGCUGGGCCUCCCACCACCAGCCCCAGUCAAGAAAGCUACCAAUGGGAAUGGUGCUGGAGCCGCAACAUUUGAUGGAGUUCCCGGCCACAAGCGUCGAGAAACUAUCACUGUUGCGUCCAUUCAGGCUCCAACAGUUGCGCCGCGUUUAAACAAGAGUGCGGCAUUGCGAGCGACAAAAGACGCUGCUCCGCCAUCGUCGUUCCAGUUCAGAGGAGCGACGACACCCAAGCUUCCGGGUCUUUCGCGAAGCAACUCUGUCAACUCUUUCUCGUCGACCCCAAAACCACCUUCCCGUCCAGCCUCGGCAGCUGGUACUAGCAGCAAUUCGGUUACCAAACCUGUUGCUCGACCACGACCAUCGAGCGUCUCUGUACGACCCAGCGCGCCUCGUCCCUCCAUUGCUCCCGCCAAACCAGCGCCCAGCAACACGCUUAGUAAUGGAGAAGCUCCAGUUCGGCCGAAACCACGUCCGAGCAGUGUUUCUGCUCCGACAAUCGCCCCGAGGACUAACCGCAGUGCUGCUUUACGUGCCGCCAAACAAGAGGCAGAGGCAGCCGCUGCGGCCAGGAAGAAUCCUCGCUCAGUCGCACGGCCCGUGGCGACAUUUUGA